CGGAGCACUGAGCGCGGGACAGACUGGCUUCAGCCCACCACACCGCUCUUCCUCUGUCCAAGAGAAGACCCCAGACCUCUGCUGUGAGGCGCUCACACUCACCCCCCCCAACCAAUAAUGUGAGAAUCAGACGGAAACGCUUGUCAGAUGUUCAAACUCACCGUCGCUUCAAGUGCCGUCUAUUUUCAACACUGUCACUCAGUUCGCAGUCAGGCUACAGCAGGCGAUCCAAGGCGAGGAUACCUGGUGUGAGAUGCGGCAAUGUCCCGAGGAAUAUGCCCACGCGUAAACUCUUGCGGGUCCUUUUGGAUUUUGUCAGCGGUCAUAUUCACGGCGAGUUCUCUGAUCGACGUGGACGCGUACAGCUGUCAUGAGGUGAAGACCGCUUUCCAGCUGCGGCAGGUCGGACCGCUGCACCGCGUCCCGGAGACACCUGGCACAGAUGUGGAUCUGUUGGUUUGUAAGCACCAGGGUCCAUCCUGCUGCACCCGGAAGAUGGAGGAGAGCUACACAUUCGCUGUAAGAAGAGAAACCCUCCACAACAUUCACUCCUACAGCUAUGAGCUUGAACACCUCCUCUCCGGCCACUCGGAUGCCUUCCAGGAUAUGUUCCAGUACCUUCUGUCCUUCUCUCAGGGUCACCUGAGUUCUAUGUUGGAGGGAACCUACACAUCUGUAUCCCGCCAUGCACUGCCCCAUGUUAACCAACUCUUCUCCUCGCUCUCCCUCUACCUCCGUGGGGCCAACGUCUCCGUGGAGGCUACAGUUCACCAAUUUUUUAACAACCUCUUCCCACUUGUCUACACAAAGCUUAUCAAUCCAGGCAUUGAUGGCAGCAUGAUGAUGGGAAAUGAAAUGGGUGACUGUCUUCGUAUGAUCAGGCAAGAUGUCAACCCUUUUGGACCUCAUCCAGCCGUCAUGGCCCAAGAGCUGGCUGGGGCUCUGGGAGCUGGGCGACAACUGGGCCUGGCCCUGGAGGAGGGUCUGGAGGUGAUGAACGCCACAGAACAUGUCAGCUUAAGCAAAGAGUGUGUGAAGGGCCUGGUGAAGAUGGUGUACUGCUCCCACUGCAGCGGCUAUACUCUGAUCAAGCCCUGUGUAGGGUACUGUCUGAAUAUAAUGCGAGGCUGCUUGGCCAGCGUGUCUGAGCUGGAUCAGCCUUGGAGGAGGUAUACCAGCCUGUUGGAGCAACUAACCCACGCCAUGGCUGGGCACCAUAGCCUGGAACUAGCCCUGCUGGGGGUCAGGGGGCACGUCAACGAGGCCUUACUCUACGCACAGCUCCAUGGUCCACUCAUCACAGCCACGGUGGACAAGGUGUGUGGCCUGACUACUGGGGAACCGACAAGCAUGCAACCCACCAGCUCAGAGGUCACAACCUCUACCGUGACCUCAUCUUCUCCUCAUCCAUCUGCUGCAUCCUCCGAGCCUCUACCAGAGCAGUGGCCGGGGCAGUUAGCCCACAUGAGGAGCUCGUUCCCCCUGAAACCCUCCAAGAACAAUAAACAUAGUCUGAGAACACUCUCUAGGGAGUUCUUGUUGUACCUGCAGCGCUACAAGUCUUUCUUUGCAGCUUUACCAGAAAUGCUGUGUGAAGGAGAUAAUGUAGUGGAUGACUCCCACUGCUGGAGUGGAGACAGUGUGGUGGAGAGCUAUUCUGGCAGAGUUGUGGGAAAUGGUCUGCAUGCCCAGAGACGAAACCCAGAGGUCAAAGUUCGCAGCCCAAACCCUACACUGGCUGAGGUCAAGGAGAGGUUGGAGCGCUUCAACCAGGAGACCCAGGAGAGGUUUCCAAAACUGGGCCAGAUGGAGGCCUGGGAAGAGCUCGGCAGUGGGGAAACAGAGGAGGGCAGCAGCACAGACUGUGAUGAUGAAGAUGGAUGUCAAGCUUCAGGAGACAGUCAAAGCCAGACCUCACACACAGAAGCCCCCAGCGAAGGGAAGCCCAUUGCUAGAAAGCCUGGAGGUGACAGCGCACGCGAGAACCCUUCCAGGCCCCCCUCUGUGAAGGUGAUAGGGGGCUCGCCGUCUGCCAGCUGGGCACGACCCUGGAGCCUCGCACUGCUCUUUGCUGCACUGUGCUUGCAGUGGACCCUGUUCUGAUGCCGGCACCCUCUGUGAAUCCGCAACCCUGCCCCUCUAGAAAACCCACAUACACGCACACAGGCACCCAUAUCAUAUACAUAUCACUCAUAGUAUCCCUUCUCCUGUCCUCAACCUGCAUGGAUGGAUGGAAAAAUAAAAGAUGGAAAACAAGACGGGGCGUGAAAGAGAAGAGGACGCAGUUGCAGGAGACUGUAGACUUAAGGGGGGGGUGGCUCUCGCAGGGGCACCUUGUCCUGCAGCAUCACCAAUGUGGGUGUUUGCACAAGCUAAUCCCAUGCACGCUCAUCUACAAAGAUUAUAAGCUUCCUCUUGUCUGUUCUGGAGCUAGAAGUUUGUGUAUACAGACAGCGAUACAGCCCUGCCUUUUGGUGGUUCAGAAUGGGACUGCGUCACUCUGAUUUUACUUAAAAACGCUUACACAUAUACAGACUCAUAUACAGUACAACUACUUUUCUGCUGCUGGUUUUUACUUAUCCUUUCAGGCUGAAAAAAAAAAAAAAUCAUCACAUCGACUGCACCAGCUACGCAGAGGAAUUCAGCUCAUUUGAAAACUCAACUCGUUUUCUUUUCGGGGAUUAAGGAAUGCAUGAUAGAUUGAUAGAUCAAUCCCAGGUGCCUGGCCCAGAACAGCAGAUUUGAUAUACUCUAAUGACUGUGUACCUUGGCAGGGAUUAGAAUGUAAUGAGUUCACAGGUAGAGCACGGGCACACUUGCAAGGCUGAACACAUGCGUGCAGACAAACUAGGUGUGUAUAGUAUGUAAAUGUAUAUAGGUGGAAAGAUUUGAUUGAGUGUACGAGGUUCCGAUUCAACAAAAAGCUCUUAACUGAUCGAGCUGAAUGAGGUUUUUUCUUUUCCCUUUGCAAUGAAUGGACUGUGCUCGUCUGCUCAACACCACAUAAAAACAAUGCCAAAAAUAUAGAGAUUUAAUUUCUGUAACAAAUAAUGCAGGAAUGCACAUAGUUUUCCAAUCCCCUGACAUAAAUGGACAGAUUUUGGACGUUUGAACAAAGUUGUACAUUGUUGAUUUUACUAAUGUUUAUUGUGCGUACCGUUUUGUGUGUUUGCUCGAUGAAUUGCACAUUAAUGCAUGUAUAACCUACCAAGUUAUCAAAAUUGCUAUGAAAGGAUCAGGCCCCUUCUUCCAGAAAAAAAAACAAAAAAAAAAACUCAUAUAUUUGCCUUUUCCAUUGCAUCAGGUGUUGUCUUCCUCUCUCAAAUGACAGUUUGCAACUUGAAAACAAGGAGGGAGGUCAGGCUGCAGAUCUGACACAGUCAGAUAUAAAAUACACAGACAAAUAAAACGUGUAGAAUAUUUUUUACAAAGCUGGCUGCAUCUUUUGUUUGAUCCCGUACAGUGUUUAAGCUCUUCUACAUGAAUUCAUUGCACAUUUUGCCAGAUAAGCUCUAAUGUCUCUCUAGCCACUCUUAAGCAGACCAUUCCUUGGAAUUUACACAGAAUAAAUCACUUUUUGUUUGACUUAUUAUUAUCUUCUAUCAUGUCUACCUGCCCCUCUCCCUCACUCUAAUGUAGACGAGGUACAGCGGAGUGUGUGUGACUGAGGAUGAAUGUAUGGUCAACGCUAUGCAGCUACAGUAUUAAACCUGAUCAUGCCUAAAGGUUACUCACAUACAGUAUCUAAGCUAAAAAAAAAGGUCUUUACACUUACAUGGGUCUAUGUGCAGUGAAAUACCUCUUCAUUACCUUUAUUGACUCUGCCUAUAGACACGAAACCCCCUUUGGUUAAUGGAGACGACUAAAGCUGCGCGAGGUUUCGGCACUUCAUAUCUGUCACAUUUUGUGUUCUGUAACCAUAUUUGUUUAGUUCGUAUGAUUUCCUCCAUGUGAGUUUUGUUUGCUCCCAACUGUCGAUCACUGCCCCCCACGGAUCACUUACAGCCUUUUACCAUUUGCAUGUGUAUAAAUGUACAUAUUUUAA